CUGGUUUCUCAGCAGCGAGGUGUCAAGGUGGGGUGUAAUAUGAAAGGAUAAUGAACUAAAAUGUAGAUUUAUCCACCAGAAAACUGGCAACAAUGGCAACAGAGCAAAAUGAAGUGACAACUGCACUGACUGACCAUGGAGCCCUGACAACCACAGGUGGCAACAAAUGUGAGAACCUGUCAUGUUACCUGGUGCUGAGCGAAACAGAGAAGCAUAUUAUCAAAUGGAUCUGCUGCAUUACUGGACCUGCCACUUUCCUAGAGAACAUCCUGGUGCUGGUGGUCAUUGGUGCUUCAGCUAGAUUACGCAAGCGGCCCUCGUACCUCUUCAUUGGAAGCUUAGCGGUGGCUGAUGUCUUGGCUAGCUCCUUCUUCCCCAUUUUCUUCUUGGAAUUCCACCUUUUAGGUCACAUAGACAAUUCUAAUAUAUACUUAUUCAAGCUAGGAGGUGUCACCAUGGCCUUCACUGGCUCUGUUGGUAGCCUGCUGCUAACUUCAAUGGACCGCUACCUUUGCAUCUACAAGGCUCCGCGCUACAAACUUCUGUUGACACGUCGUAGAGCCUUGUUUGGGAUAGUGGCCUUAUGGACUGUGACUAUUGUGAUCUCUUUCCUCCCUCCGAUUGGAUGGAGAUGCCAAGACAACCCUCCAUGUUCUCAGCUCUUCCCAUACGUUGACCCACACUAUAUGAGCUGCUGGGCAGGCCUUAUGCUGGUGGUGCUUGUCCUCAUUUUGGUAGCAUAUGCGCUAAUCUUGUGGAAGGCCCACCAUCAUGAAGCAGUCAUGGAAGCUCGAACACCAGGGCGUUCAACAAUGGGACAGCGCGACAGAAUGCGUGUGGAUAUCCGUCUGGCACGCACUUUGGGCCUGAUCCUCCUGAUCCUAGUACUUUGCUGGGUCCCUAGCCUCACCAUCAUGGUGGUCGACGUCUCACGGAAGCUAACUCGCAAGGAGCAGAGGGUCUUCGCCUUCUGCGGAACUCUGUGCUUGGUAAACUCAGCCGUAAACCCACUGUUGUAUGCCCUCCGCUGCCGUGAGCUGAGACGGGCACUCCUAAACCUGCUGAGGCGUGUAUGCAGGGUGUGUACCUGGGGCACUGGAAUGUGUGCUUCUGGACAAAAGAAAGACAAUGAUACUGGACACGCUGAAAAUAAGGACAAAGAUACUAUUUCUGAAUCCCUAGACAGACAACAUCUGGAUUAGCUGGACAUUAUAUUAGGUGUUGUGAGUGUAAAUAUUUCCUAGUAAAUAUUGAUAAAAAGUUCAAAGUUACUACAUAAGAGAUUCUGACUGAUUAGUUGGCAGUCAUGGUUGGUGUUUACAGUAGCUUUGUAUAAUAUGUGCAGAAAAACUAACAAUGUGCAUGAA